AUGGCCGCUCGCCUCUCUGUUGCACGCACAGCUCGUCAAUUGACCUCCUCCGCUGUCCGCAGACCACCUUCUUUCGUCCCGGCGACAUGUCAACGAUGGCAACAAGCUCCACUUGAGCGCCGGUUAUUCUCGGUAUCGGCAGCAGUAAAAGAGAAGAAGUAUACCGAAGAUCACGAGUGGAUUGAGCUCUCCUCUGACGGGAAAACCUGUACUCUCGGAAUUUCUGAUUACGCUGCUAAAGCCCUCGGUGAUGUCGUGUACAUAGAGCUCCCCCAAAUCGACAUGGAUAUCAGCGCCGGCGACACAAUCGGCGCUGUCGAGUCUGUAAAAUCAGCCUCUGAUAUCUUGACCCCGAUUGGCGGAAAAGUUACUGAGGUGAAUAGCCAGCUAGAGGCGAAACCUGGAAGCAUAAAUGCGGAUCCUGAGGGCGAGGGAUGGAUUGCGAAGUUGGAGGUUGCAGGGGAGCCGGAAGGGAAGCUGAUGAGCAAGGACGAGUAUACCGCUUUUACAGAAGACGCGUAA